AUGGACAUUUUGGUGCUCGCCGUGCAAAACUCUCUCAGGAAGACCAAGAAACGCGCCCUUGGUGUCUUGGAACAGGCUAUGGAAAAGGCUCCCUAUCGCGUCCCUUUCAAGCAUGUUGAAACCCUGGUCUCCAUCAUGCAACAGGACAAGAACUGCCGAGACGCGAUUUGGGCCAUGCUUCAAAAGUUCCGGCUUUUGCCUCCGAAUUUGAUCCAGUUCCCAUCGGAUGAUUUGCUGGAGAAUCCUCUCCUGCCAAUGCUCAUUGCCGAGCGUACUACAAGUCCGGUAAUCUUCAUGAAGGCGAUGACCAGCCGCGUGCUUCAAAUCGUCCAGCAGGAAGGAAACACUUUCGUGAGCCAAACCCUUGCCGAGGACAGUCUCAUUGGCCGUUUUGUUCGUCCUCACCUGGAAACGAUUCCUCCUCGCAACGAUUCUCCUCUGUCUCUUGAUCAUGAACAUGGAGUUUGA